AUGAUGGAGUAGAACCAGUGCAACAACGCUGUCACAAAAGUUCUGUGAACGUGAUUUGUGUCUCGGUGUAGCUCACUGUCCUUUCACCCGGGUGAAGUGAAACAAGGAUCACCUGGGCCCCUGGGAAGCCCGAGAAGUCACCGUUGGCAGACACUAUGGAGAGCACUAAUGUGUUGGACCAGAGGGUGAAUCACAACCUGGGAGCAGAACCAGGCGAUUUCAUCACCCUGCACGCCGUGGGCGUGUCGGUUAAAACCUACAAACAAGUGGAGAAUGCUGCUGAUGAUGUGGAUUUGCUUAGGAGAAGCCAUGGAGUACUUUUGUGUGAAAAGUACUCAGCAUAACUGGGGGAAACUAUGCUGCUAUUACUAAGGUCCACGGGAAGACCAAAUCUUGUGUGAAAUUGUCAAGAAAGGAAAAAAGUUAUGCUGGCCUUGCUGUUGUGUUAAUUUUACAAAGCACUAAGCACAGUGCAUGAUAAAUAAUUCAUCUUUUAAAAAAAAUGAGUUUGAGGGUGAACGACAUCAUCAGGAAACCAUGUUCUGAUCAGCUGUUGCCAGCAUGUUAUACCUAAAGCCUUAGGCUUAUUCAUAGACUUCAGCCGAAGUUCUGAAGGGGCUGGAAAGGUGGCUCAGUGGCCAAGAGUGCUUGCUCAUGCACAGGGCCCAGGUACUUCCAUAGGCACCAGGCAAGCAUGUGAUACACAGAGAUGCAUGUGGGAAAAACAUAAAAUUUAAUAUACAUAAUAAAUAAGAGUAGGUAUACAUCAAUAAUUAAAUACAUAAGCACACGUAAAGAUAGAUACAUUGCAAAGUUCUUCGGGAGUGAGUGACCCAAAGCCACUCACAAGAUAGCUGCGCUGGUGCAGGGUUACACAUGAACUAGAGAAACAUAGAACCUAACAGAGAAGUUGCAACCCAAGUUGCUGAAGACUUUGCUGGCAUGUUUGACAUACAGAAAUGCUGAAGGCCUCUGGAAGGUUUUCACAAAUGAGGAAUUCGAAUUUUUUCACUGAUCUACAGAAAAAGAAGGAAGAAGAAACUGAAACAGCCUGCGGUAUGGCGUGGAAAUGCAAUGCGGUGACAUUUAUGAAACUGCAAAGGCAGUAAAGGACAGAGCGAUGGAACACAGACCUCAGAGGCAGCUCAGCCUAGAGUCAUCCAGAAGGUUCGAACUGCUGCAGCAACAAAUGGAGGAGUUGAAAAGAGACUCCAACUUCUGAAUACCGUGUUUUUCCAAAAGAAUUGGGCAGAAAACCUUUCAGCUGUGGAGGCUGCUGAGCCAUUGCCUCCCCCUGCCUUCUAACCACCAGGGCUGUCCUAUCUGCUGGCUCAGUGGUCCAGGAUCAUCCAGACAGCAGGUCAUCCUGACACGUAGAAGCUGUUGCAAGCAUCUGGAUGAUGUGAGAGCUGGGGUGCAGGGAUGUCGACUGUCUGCCCCCCACCAUCUCCUGCUGUUGCCAAGACAGAGAUUGCGUUAAGUGGGGAAUCACCGUUGUUGGCAGCCACCUUUGCUUACUGGGAUAAUAUUCUUGGUCCUAGAGUAAGGCACAUUUGGGCUCCAAAGACAGAACAGGUACUUCUCAGUGAUGGAGAGAUAACUUUUCUUGCCAACCACACUCUAAAUGGAGAAAUUCUUCGAAAUGCUGAGAGUGGGGCUAUCGAUGUAAAGUUUUUUGUCUUAUCGGAAAAAGGAGUAAUUAUUGUUUCAUUAAUCUUCGACGGAAACUGGAACGGAGACCGGAGCACUUACGGACUGUCGAUCAUACUUCCACAGACAGAGCUUAGCUUCUACCUCCCGCUGCAUAGAGCGUGUGUUGACAGGCUGACACACAUUAUUCGGAAAGGAAGGAUAUGGAUGCAUAAGGAAAGGCAAGAAAAUGUCCAGAAAAUUGUCCUGGAAGGCACAGAGAGACUGGAAGAUCAGGGUCAGAGUAUCAUUCCCAUGCUUACCGGAGAGGUCAUUCCUGUCAUGGAGCUGCUCGCCUCGAUGAAGUCCCACAGCGUGCCUGAAGAGAUAGAUAUAGCUGAUACAGUGCUCAAUGACGAUGACAUCGGUGACAGCUGUCAUGAAGGCUUUCUUCUCAAUGCCAUCAGUUCACAUCUGCAGACCUGUGGCUGUUCGGUCGUAGUAGGCAGCAGUGCAGAGAAAGUAAAUAAGAUAGUGAGAACACUAUGCCUUUUUCUGACUCCAGCAGAGAGGAAGUGCUCCAGACUGUGUGAAGCAGAGUCAUCCUUUAAGUACGAAUCGGGACUCUUUGUACAAGGCCUGCUAAAGGAUGCAACUGGAAGCUUUGUCCUCCCUUUCCGGCAAGUCAUGUAUGCCCCGUACCCCACCACGCACAUUGACGUGGACGUCAACACUGUCAAGCAGAUGCCGCCCUGUCACGAGCACAUUCACAAUCAGCGCAGAUACAUGAGGUCAGAGCUGGCAGCCUUCUGGAGGGCAACUUCCGAAGACGACAUGGCUCAGGACACCAUCAUCUACACGGAUGAAAGCUUCACUCCCGAUCUGAAUAUUUUCCAAGAUGUCUUACACAGAGAUACUCUAGUGAAAGCCUUCCUGGACCAGGUCUUCCAUCUGAAGCCUGGCCUGUCUCUCAGAAGUGCUUUCCUUGCACAGUUUCUUCUCCUUCUUCACAGAAAAGCCUUGACACUAAUCAAAUACAUAGAAGAUGAUACGCAAAAGGGGAAAAAGCCCUUCAAGUCUCUUCGGAACCUGAAGAUAGAUCUUGAUUUAACAGCAGAGGGCGAUCUUAACAUAAUAAUGGCUCUGGCUGAGAAAAUUAAGCCAGGCCUACACUCUUUCAUCUUUGGGAGACCUUUCUACACUAGUGUCCAAGAACGUGAUGUUCUAAUGACUUUUUAAGUGUGUGGUUUGCUGUGUGUGUCUCACGGCAUCAGACGUACUGUUACAGUGACACAGGGAAACACCCUCCCGGGCCUGCUUUGGGACUUAGUUACACUACACCUGUCACUGGUGGUCGGGACGUGGAGUCAGGUGCAUGGCUGCAGUGAAUGUCUCUUUUCCUAGAGUAGAUGUACUGUCCUAGGGAACUUAUGUUUACAGUUAUCCUAAGUACUAUUGCUGUCUCUACAGAUGGGAAUGCUGGGAUACGGACUUGACCAUAACUGCUGGGGUUUUUGUUUUUCUUUUGAAACUUAGGAUUCAUGGUUUACAUGUACCACAGUGAAGCCCUAGUUAGCUCUUACAGAUUGAGUGUGAGUUGACUUUCUGCCCCUCGGUGGUCCAUGGUGUGUAGGAGUGCAUACUUCUACAACAGCUGGAAAUUGGAGCAUCUCAGGUUUUCAGUUCCACAGACAGGAACUUGCCUGGCCUUCAGGAUGAAGCAGAGUUUAGGUGGAAUAGGUGUUAGAUCUUCCUUUGUGGACUUAGUCUUUCUGAUGCAGUCUGUAUAGAGAUGCCGAGCUGUGUGCUCACCAAAUUUUGUGAACCGUGCUGUGCUUUUUGUUGCUUUAUUGUAGUUCUGUCAAAGAAAGUGGCAUUUGUUUCUGUUAUUGUUGCCAGCUCUAAAGGUUAAUUUUCAUUAUUUUUGAGCCAAAUUAAAAUGUGCACCUCCUGUGCCUUUCCCAAUCUUGGAAAAUAUCAUUUCUUGGUGGAGGGUCAGAUUUCAGCACUCAGUCAUUGCCAUCUGACUUACGUUUUGGAGGUCCUUGUAAAAUAUGUCAGAGAGUACAUGUGCUGAUAAGAUCCUCUUUCAAGAUCAGGAAAGCAUCUUGCCUCUUUCUUUACUUUUCUGCCGGUAUUCUUUGGUGUUUUCCAUGCUGCCUGCAUCGCAGGAGCUGCAGGACAAGUCUGACCCCAGUGCUAUCUUUCUAGGUGCUAUUACAGCAAACUCAGUGCUUUGUUUUUGUUUCUGUAAUGUUUGACCAUCUUGCUGGCUGUGAGUACUGAUUAGCAGAGUUCUGUGCAUUAGCAUUGUUGACGUAGGAGUAUACACAAACACAAAUGUGUUUUUAUUUAAAACUGUGGACUUAACGUAAAAGGGAGAAUAUAUAUUUAUUUUUGACAAAAGGGAUAAAAAUGGAGCCCUUUCCUCACCCAACAAAUUUAGGAAGAAAAAACUGUUCUAUUCUAAAAGGUUAUGGUGGCUUUGACAUUACAAAUCAGAAAAGUGUAGACAUUUUAAAUACACACUGACCAGGAUGGCUUAUGAACUCCAAGUCACUCAGUGUGGCAAAAAGUGUAGAUUCCACCUGUUAGAGCCCCACACUCACUGCUGUACACAGUAGAGUCUUAUUUAAGUGCUAAUUGUUUUCUUUUGCUGGUUUACUGUGUCGUUAUAGAGAAUGUAAGUUGUACAGUGAAAUAAGUUAUUGAAGCAUGUGUAAACACUGUUAUAUAUCUUUUCUCCUAGAUGGGGAAUUUUGAAUAAAAUAGCUUUGAAAUUCU